UCUUAGGCCCUCGAUGGUUGUAACCAUCCAAAGCCUGUCGACGUUUUCCAAUCUUGAGAGCCCAAACAUCCCGUUUCGAGCUGUUACAGACUAAUGAACGCCGGCACCAUGGCGUAGGCACCCCAAUAAUGGCAGCUAACUUCGUUCAUGGAAUAGACUAUAAAAAGCUUGCAGAAGAAUUUCAUGCACACUAUAAGGCCAGGGGUCAAAUCCACAAGACUCAAACUCGCACGUUUUCUAACCGAUCCUUUUUCUUCUCUUUUCAGACAUUUACUGCUCGAGAAUUUUCCCUCCAAUCCCCACAAUCUUCGUGCUUGGCACUUUGGAUUCCCCUGUUUGAGUAUUUUCACAGUGUUUUCUUUGUGACUUCUCAGCAGUUACAGAGGUGGGUCUAGCUCUUUCAGAUCUGAUUUACACUUUUUGUUUCUAUCGUUUCGAAUGUUUAUUUAGCUGCUGGGAUUGGUGUGUUUUCUGGGUAUUGAUCAAAAUGGAGAUUGCUAGCGUUACUUCUCCACGAAUGAGAUUAGAUCACCUAGAAAAAGAAGGAUUGAAGGAAACCCAUGGGGAAAGUUUUGAGCUAGACUCAUCUCGUAAUGUUAGUGAUCAUAACCACCAAUUCCAUUCCAUGAAUGCAUUAGAGAUCUUAAGAGAAACCGUUAGGAUUUUAAGGUACAAUUCGUCCGGUUUUAUGAUCAUUGCAGCUUUGUUAAUUUGCCCAGUAUCUGCAGUACUUAUGUCAAAUUUGUUAGUUGAUCAUUCCAUUGUGAAGAGAUUUACUGUUAGGCUUUUGUUAGUUGCCAAAACCAGUGGACUCCCAUUGAGAUCUUUCCUCAAACAGUCGUGCCAACGUUUUGCUGAGACGGCUGUUUCCUCAGCAAUGUGCUUCCCUUUGUUCAUCACAUUGUCUUUGUUAUCAAAAGCCGCGGUGGUUUAUUGUGUAGAUUGUACUUAUUCAAGGAAAUCAGCUGAUGUUUCGAAGUUUUUUGUGAUAAUUCGGAAGUUUUGGAGGCGGCUUGUUUCUACGUAUGUGUGGAUGUGUAUGGUAAUUGUUGGUUGUGUAACAACUUUCUUCGUUUUUCUUGUUGCGGCAUGUAGCGUACUUUCUGUCAUUGGUUUUACACCUGAUUUAAUUGUGUAUGCGGUGAUUAUGAUGGGGCUAGUGUUCUCGGUUGUUUUUGCCAAUGCUAUUGUUGUCUGCAAUAUUGGGAUUGUAAUCUGUGUGUUGGAGGAGGUUUCCGGACUUCAGGCAUUGCUUCGUGCUGGUGUUCUAAUCAAGGGGCAGACUCAGGUUGGUCUUUUGAUAUUUCUUGGAUCUACAAUUGGGUUGGCAUUUGUGGAAGGGUUGUUUGAACAUAGGGUAAAGACGUUGAGUUAUGGAGAUGGAUCUUCUAGGAUCUGGGAAGGGCCUCUGUUGGUUAUAAUGUAUUCAUUUGUGGUGCUUGUUGAUUCCAUGAUGAAUACAGUUUUCUAUUUCAGUUGCAGAUCUUAUAGUGUCGAAGCCUCAGAUGGUGAAUGUCGAUCAAUGUUGGAAACUAUAACUGUUUCUGCUGAAUCAUUGGGUGUUCAAUGACAUCAUCACAGGCAUUGUUAUGUUAUCAGCUAAUAUUUCUUGUGCUCAUAACAUGAAAGAUGGAACUGCCUGCGUAAUUCCAGUCCCAUAGCUGGGGUGCUGAUGAGGAGUAUUUGUUGUCGUUUCAGUAAAACUCCAUCGGGAGUUUGCAGCUCAUGAUAUGCUUAAGAUGAUUCUCUCAACUCUUCCAAAGAUAUUCAUAGCUCAGGUGCAUAAAAUUUCUUGUCAUCUACCAGACAUGGAAAUGCAAAAUUAUAUACACAAAUUAGAUUCAUGAUCUUUGCAUAUAUAUAUAUAUAUAUUCAUCAGCUAUAUAGGGUAGAAUCUUUGAUUUAAAUGGUUCCAAUUCAAGUGUUGGACCAUUUCAUGUUCCUUUCUCUACCCUUGUAUUUUCCUUCUGAAUUCUUUUAAAUGCUUAAUAAAAUAGUCAAAAAAUAGAGCUUGGAGUAUUAAUUGAUCUUAAGAAUGAUUUUGAGCAAUGAGAAUGAAUUGGUCUGGAAAAGUAUGUUUGCUGAUGUUGGAAGCAUACACAAUUUGUACUAUCUCUUUCUCUUUUACUUCCUUUUGUUGCAGAACAAUCAUAUGAAAGCUAGAAUUAUUAUAUGAAUAUGCUUGUUAUUGAAUAAA